AUGGUGGUCCCCAGACCCCUGGCCAUGUCGCUGUUGCUGCCCAGCCUCACCCUGCUGGUGACUCAUCCCUCCCGCUCCCAGGACGUCUCCGUUGAGCCCAGCAGUGAGCAGCAGCUGUGCGCCCUGAGGGAGCACCCCACCGUGGCCUUUGAAGAUCUGAAGCCGUGGGUCUCUAACUUCACCUACCCCGGUGCCCGAGAUUUCUCCCAGCUCGCUCUGGACCCCUCCAGGAACCAGCUCAUCGUGGGAGCCAGGAACUACCUCUUCAGACUCAGCCUUGCCAAUGUCUCCCUCCUUCAGGCCACGGAGUGGGCCUCCAACGAGGACACGCGCCGCUCCUGCCAAAGCAAAGGCAAGACCGAGGUACGUGGCUUGGAGCUGGCGAGGCCUGUGCCGCGCCCUCGGUCACCUGGCUUCGCCCCUCAGGAGGAGUGUCAGAACUACGUGCGAGUCCUGCUCGUCACCGGCCGGAAGGUGUUCCUGUGCGGGACCAAUGCCUUCUCCCCGCUCUGCACCAGCAGACAGGUGGGGAACCUCAGCCGGACCCUGGAGAAGAUCAACGGGGUGGCCCGCUGCCCCUACGACCCGCGGCACAACUCCACAGCCGUCAUCUCCUCCCAGGGCGAGCUCUACGCCGCCACGGUCAUUGACUUCUCGGGUCGGGACCCUGCCAUCUACCGCAGCCUGGGCAGCGGGCCGCCGCUCCGCACUGCCCAGUACAACUCCAAGUGGCUCAAUGAGCCAAACUUCGUGGCAGCUUAUGACAUCGGGCUGUUUGCCUACUUCUUCCUGCGGGAGAACGCGGUGGAGCACGACUGCGGGCGCACGGUGUACUCGCGCGUGGCGCGCGUGUGCAAGAACGACGUGGGCGGCCGCUUCCUGCUGGAGGACACGUGGACCACUUUCAUGAAGGCGCGGCUCAACUGCUCCCGCCCGGGCGAGGUGCCCUUCUACUACAACGAGCUGCAGAGUGCCUUCCACCUGCCCGAGCAGGACCUCAUCUACGGCGUCUUCACCACCAACGUAAACAGCAUUGCCGCUUCUGCCGUCUGCGCCUUCAACCUCAGUGCCAUCUCUCAGGCGUUCAAUGGCCCAUUUCGCUACCAGGAGAACCCCCGGGCUGCCUGGCUCCCCAUCGCCAACCCCCUCCCCAACUUCCAGUGUGGCACCCUGCCCGAGACCGGCCCCAACGAGAACCUGACCGAGCGCAGCCUGCAGGACGCACAGCGCCUGUUUCUGAUGAGCGAGGCCGUGCAGCCGGUGACGCCCGAGCCCUGCGUUACCCAGGACAGCGUGCGUUUCUCCCACCUCGUGGUGGACCUCGUGCAGGCCAAGGACACGCUCUACCACGUACUCUACAUCGGCACCGAGUCCGGCACCAUCCUGAAGGCGCUGUCCACGGCGAGCCGCAGCCUGCGCGGCUGCUACCUGGAAGAACUGCACGUGCUGCCGCCUGGACGCCGCGAGCCGCUGCGCAGCCUGCGCAUCCUGCACAGCGCACGCGCGCUCUUCGUGGGGCUGAGCGAAGGCGUGCUACGCGUGCCGCUUGAGAGGUGUGCCGCCUACCGCAGCCAGGGGGCAUGUCUGGGGGCGCGAGACCCAUACUGUGGCUGGGAUGGGAAGCAGCAACGUUGCAGCACACUCGAAGACAGUUCCAACAUGAGCCUCUGGACCCAGAACAUCACGGCGUGUCCUGUGCGGAAUGUGACCCGGGAUGGAGGCUUUGGCCCAUGGUCACCAUGGCAACCAUGUGAGCACUUAGAUGGGGACAACUCCGGCUCUUGCCUGUGUCGGGCACGAUCCUGUGACUCCCCACAACCUCGCUGUGGGGGCCUCGGCUGCCUGGGGCCGGCCAUCCACAUCGCCAACUGCUCCAGGAAUGGGGCGUGGACGCCGUGGUCAUCGUGGGCGCAGUGCAGCACGUCCUGUGGCAUCGGCUUCCAGGUCCGCCAGCGGAGUUGCAGCAACCCUGCCCCCCGCCACGGGGGCCGCAUCUGCGUGGGCAAGAGCCGUGAGGAGCGGUUCUGUAAUGAACACACGCCCUGCCCGGUGCCCAUCUUCUGGGCCUCGUGGGGCUCGUGGAGCAAGUGCAGCAGCGACUGCGGGGGCGGCGUGCAGUCCCGGCGGCGGGCCUGCGAGAACGGCGAGUCCUGCCCGGGCUGCGGCGUGGAGUUCAAGACGUGCAACCCCGACGGCUGCCCCGAGGUGCGGCGCAACACGCCCUGGACGCCGUGGCUGCCCGUGAACGUGACACCGGGCGGGGCGCGGCAGGAGCAGCGCUUCCGCUUCACCUGCCGCGCGCCCCUGCCGGACCCGCACGGCCUGCAGCUGGGCAGGAGGAGGACGGAGACAAGAACGUGCCCCCCGGACGGCUCCGGAGCCUGCGACACGGACGCCCUGGUGGAGGACCUAUUGCGCAGCGGGAACGUUGGCCCGCACGCGCUGAGCGGGGGCUGGGCGCCCUGGGGCCCGUGGUCAUCCUGCUCCCGGGACUGCGAGCUGGGCUACCGCGUUCGCAAGAGGACCUGCACGAACCCCGAGCCGCGCGCUGGAGGUCUACCGUGCGUGGGCGACGCCGCCGAGUACCAGGACUGCAACCCCCAGGCGUGCCCAGUCCGGGGAGCCUGGUCCUGCUGGACCUCGUGGUCCCCCUGCUCAGCCUCCUGUGGUGGGGGCCACUACCAGCGCACUCGCUCCUGCACCAGCCCCGCGCCCUCUCCUGGCGAGGAUGUCUGUCUCGGGCUACACACGGAGGAGGCGCUGUGUGCCACGCAGGCCUGCCCAGAAGGCUGGUCACCGUGGUCCGAGUGGGGUGCGUGUGCUGAGGAUGGAGCCCAGAGCCGCAGCCGGCACUGUGAGGAGCUGGUGCCAGGGCCCGGUACCUGUGCUGGGAACAGCAGUCAGAGCCGCCCCUGCCCCUACGGCGAGAUUCCUGUGAUCCUGCCUGCCUCCAGCAUGGAGGAGGCCGCCAGCUGUGCAGGGUUCAGUCUCAUCGACCUGGUGGCCACUGGUGUCUCCUGCUUCCUGGGCUCCGGGCUCUUGACCUUGGCUGUGUACCUGUCCUGCCAGCACUGCCAGCGCCAGUCCCAGGAGUCCACACUUGUCCAUCCCGCCACCCCCAACCACCUGCACUACAAGGGUGGGGGCACCCCUAAGAACGAGAAGUACACACCCAUGGAGUUCAAGACUCUGAACAAGAAUAAUUUGAUCCCCGAUGACAGAGCCAACUUCUACCCAUUGCAACAGACCAAUGUGUACACAACCACCUACUACCCAAGCCCGCUGAACAAACACAGCUUCCGGCCCGAGGCCUCACCUGGACAACGGUGCUUUCCCAACAGCUGA